AUGGAGUCGAUACGCAAACUGCUUUCUGAGCUGCGCAGAACACCAAUUUACACCGGGAAAAUAGCUGGCGUGCGCGCGUUUCAGAGCGAACACGAAAAGCGCACGAAGCGGGUCAAGGACGAAGUGUCGUCGUUCUGCACUCAGACGAGCUUCACGGCCAUCACCAACAUCUACAACGCCUCAUCCCUCCCGCGCCGCAUCGGAUGUAACGAGGCACGUAAAGCCAGCAGACCUGCGGUUCGAUUCAAAGCGAAUGAUGCUUAUGCCACUCUUGGCGCCAAGCUCGACCCGGAAGUGGUAAAAGCAGCAGGUCACUCAGCUGACGACUUUAUUCUGAACUGUUGGUACUAUGGAUACCCGUGUUCUCCGAGGAACUUUACCUAUUUCCAUAACUACAGAUAUGGAAACUGUUACACCUUUAAUUCUCACGAUGUCGCUAAAGUUCAGAACACCAAAUUUCCGGGACCAGAAUAUGGUCUCACGCUGGAGCUGUACAUUCAGCAGAAGGAGUACGUUCCGACACUGGCGUCAGAAGCAGGCGUUCGUGUCGUCAUCCAUCACCGGAAUCACGCCUUUCCGGUGGACAACGGUUUCUCCAUAUCGCCCGGACACUCCACCUACGUCAGCAUCCGUCACAUGGUGACCAAUCGGUUGCAUCCCCCUCACGGCGCGUGUAACGAUGAGCUGGGUUACCAGCACGACAUGUACGCCCUCAACUCCAACGCGUCCUACUCCAAGCUGUCGUGUCUCAAGUCCUGCUAUCAGGCCAUCGUCGAGCGCCACUGCAACUGCUCAGUGCCCAGCUACUACGUCGUCAACAGGGACAACGUCUGCAACAUGACCGACGACAUCGUUAGUACGUGCACCCUCCCCUCCACAUGUCAUGAAGAAAAGAGACACUUUAACAACUGCCACUCCAGUCUAAUGGCCUCAUUCCCCGAAGAAUACGACACGUGUGACAAAAACUGCCCCCUGCCGUGCAAGGAAUUCGAAUACGAUGUGCUCGUCUCGUCAGCUGCCUGGCCGUCAGAGAACUACGAGGGUUACCUGAAGACUAAACUAAAGCAAGCAAAUUAUAUGCUCAUGGCGAACACCAAUGGCGACGACUUUGUCAAGCUCACUGUCUAUUUUCGUGAUCUUCUUUCCCAGACGAUUGAUCAGGAGAAAGCUUACGAGAUUGAAAACUUACUCAGUGACAUCGGGGGACAGCUGGGCUUGUGGCUUGGCCUGUCUGUCAUCACACUCGGCGAGAUUUGUGGCUUCCUCCUGGCGAUCUUCCGGUCGCUCACCUACACUUCAGUGGAGCCCAAGAAGUCGUCUGCUCCUGCAAAGCUCUCCGCCCACCCUGAACUUCUGGAGACCAAGAACGGUGACGUUAUGUUAACGGAUUUAAACGGGUACCCGUACUAAAAAAGAGAAGAUAUGGCAAAAAGGGCGGGUCCACAGUCGACUAAAGAACGCGAUCAAGUGAGGUUUUGGUACCAUCUGGGAAAUGUCAUCGCAUUCAAGAAUGUGUGACAGUUUUUUUAAGCUUAAUCGGUGGCUUUAAAAAAAAAAAUUCUUCUCAAGUCAAAUCGUUGUCGUCACCUGUAGCGAAGUUACUGCAGUAGUUACAUCAUCACCAGUACAUCUUCAACUACAUGUCGAUAAUAGAAUUAGUGGACUGUCCAUGGCCAGCUCUGUAAACAGAUGCCACAAGUAGAGAAAGAACUGCGUGCCCAAGACGAGAUCCGAACCCAUGGCAGCCAAUCCUCACUGUAUUGUUAACACUCAAGAUAAGGGCCUACUGUUGUUACUUUAUUUACCAGAACUGAUAUAGCUAGUGCCUAGAUAUAAAACAGGACAAAAGUUGUACGUUAAGAAAUAACAGAUUGUGACAUUUAUUCCUCACCCACACCUAAAAAACAAACUUAUAAGAAUGUGAGGUAAGAUAAAUUAAAACAUUUCCGUUAUAUGACACAUUUGAUCGGUAAUCGUUUUUGAACAAAAAAUCAAAUUGGAUUCGAAUUGUUUACUUGUAAUAGCAUGUAGACCCCUGUUCCAACAUAGGAGGGCAUCAUGUUAUUUUGUUGACAUCCUUUAUGUGCUUAUAGAAACAAUCCACUUUCCACUUGAGCUAUCUAGGCUUUUACAUCUGAACUCACUGUAGAAGUGAAGCACAUUAUCAGGGCAGGAGAUUAAGAUACUUUGAGUAUCAUGAUCAUACAGCUGCAUGUCGGAGGCAACAUUAAUUCAUAGUUUGUUCAGCAUGUAGCUACCAGUCACUUAGCAAACUGUCGCUGAGCAUCCAUUCUUGGAAAGCCUCCAGAGAUUCGUGUCAUAAUCUGGUCACCUGCACAAUCAGUAGAGUGCAAACUUUCCACCUGCUGUUAUUUUAGUUAAGCUCUUUAGUUUAUUUUCUGUCUUGUUCAAUAUACUAUAGCCAUUACCUACUGUAAAAGACAUUAAAAAGCGUAAUUAUAGUUUCUUCCAGCAUCACAGAAUAAUUAGUGUUUUCAUCACUUACCUCUGCUCAUUGCAGCAAACACCCGGUGUAUCUUUAAUUUUUUAAUUGGGAAAAAAACUUACCGUUGUUUGAAUGUGUUUAUCAAGCACUUUUUGGUAAUAUACUAGUUUUCGAGAGAUUACAUAUGCUUUACUGUGUGUUAAAUAUUUUCUCACUGCAUGCCUGCACACAGGUGCUCAUGUACACACAAACACACACAUCUCUGUCCAUGCACACAGUGUUUGUUUAUUCAAGGCUUCUUUACUUCUCCAAGAAUAGUUUAAUUCCUUCUCUGACAUCUUUUUCCAUGGUGGGGAGCAGGGUAACAAUAGUAAUAAUAAUUGUAAUAAUAAUAGAAUAACACGUGAUUUAUGUAGCGCAUACUCACGCUCGUAAGGAGCGUGCUGUUGGCGCUUGAGACAAAGAGACACGGACAACAGUCGCAAGACUGAAGGAUAAACGACAGAACUAAUGACAAAUAAAAAGACAGAAAACGCAAAGAGGAAUCGGGUAGCAAGAACUGAGGGUAACGUGAUUUCGCAGAGGAAGCCAAUUGACCAGGGGUGGGCAAAGUACAACCCGUAUACCAACAUGUAAAGUGCAAUUUUUCUCUUUAAAAAGUUCAACCUGCGUUAAUUUGACUGAAAUUAAAUUUAUCAAGCACAACAGCGUUAGAAAUCACAGUCCCUAACAUUCUAACACAGACAAAGUACGAAGAUAAAUAACACAGCUGACGUGUCUGAUGAGUCAUUAGAGAGCAUCGAGGAAAGGAAAGGUUAGUUUUAAAGUUUUAUUGUGAGCGAAUUCAAACAGCUUCACUUUACACCAUAAAUUGGGUAAGUGAACGCCAUUAUGUACUCAUUUAUUGUCCAGUCCACUCUAACUAGUUUUGUUGUGUAGUCAGCUGGCCUGGGUUUCUGGUAUUUUACCCUAACGCAAAAACUUUGCUCACCCCUGUAAAAAAAAAAUGGUAGGGUGUUUGAAAGACAGACUAGCGGAUAGUUUAGAGAAAUGGCGUCAGCUCCAAAGACAUGCCCACGAUCAGAUUCCAUUCUGCAGUACACUCCCCUCCCUUCAGUCUCCCCAAUGACCCCAAGGUUACAAGACAGAUGACAAGGUGAAAAAAUAAACUAUACAUUCAGCUAACAAUUUCUACCCAUUCUGAUAGCGAUUUACUUCAAAUUCUCCUCCCACUAACAACUUUAGACAAGAAAGCAAAACAAUGAUCAGCCUGGCAAAGGUGAACGCAUAUUUUAUCAGUGUUUGGAAUUAAACAUCACAGUUUACAUGCAGUAAUAAAUAUUUUUCAGAAAUUUUAAUGUCUGAGUGCUUUUUCUUUUCUUAAAUACUGGUCUAUUAGUUUUGCAUUUUGUACUCUCUUGGGCUGGAUUUCAUGUUGAUUAUGUAACUUGCAUGCAUUCCAUUGCUUUUUUUAAAAAAAAGUGCUGUGGCACAGUCAUUCAAACCAGUCUUGUCAGCAUCACAUUUUGCAAUAUUUCUGGAAUAAAAAUUUUCCAUUCAGGAACUGGGGUACUUCUACACAGGAAUUUCCUGUAUUCUCAUGUCCAGGUGCUCUUUGGAUUGUAUGGAUACAUAGUACUCUUGUAAUGAAUCUGUUGCUGAAUAGUUCUCAAAAGCCAAAAAUAUCUAAGUAACAUUCAUGCAUUCACACCUGCAUAAAGAUGGCCAGUACAAUAUAAAUGUCUUUUUUAUUGCCUGUGUUGAAGCAACUGACAACGAGACAAUUGAGCUUGAGAUAUUUAGCCAUGGAUGCACAUGUGAUAAAGCAUUAUGUGUGCAUGUCUACAAGGCCAAUCACCAAUGUCGACAUGAACAUAUUCAACCAGUUAGGCCACUGCAAAUGCCUUAACCUGACCAGCAACCCUGUUGUUCAAAACAUUCAGAAACUCUUUCUCAUGGAAUAUGCAUGCUAUACCAUCCAAAGCCAUUCAGACAAUAUGACAGUUCAGUAUCAACAAAGUGGAGACCAACAACACAAAACUGUACAUCAGUGGGUUUCCAGCGUUUCAAAAAAGUUAAAAUCCAGGAGAGAAAUGAUAAGAAUCUCAAACCUCAAUUCAAUGCUCUGCUACGAAUGCUUCACAUGACAUCAUGAGGUCUGAUGUCACAAGGUGUUCAAGUCCUGUAUCCAGAGAGUUGUUAAAUGCAAACUUCAUGCA